AUGAUUACAGACGUACAACUUGCUGUGUUUGCCAAUGUUUUGGGUGUUGGCUUAUUCUUACUCGUUGUUCUUUAUCAUUAUGUCACGGCGAAUUUUCCUUCAAAAUAAACAUCCGAUUAUAAUUACAAAAUGUAUUGCAAUAUUAAAAACUGGAUGGAGUGGCAGUAUUUUGCAUUCAGUUGCACAAACCGAUACAUUGGAAUUCUACCAAAUAUCACAUAACAGUUGUAAUGAAUUUGUCUACAUUGAAUCAAAUUUAUCUGCCGGGAAGACAUAAAUAUUAGCUUACUUAAAAUAAUAAUAUGACUGCACUGAUUUAUAUUUAUAUUUAUAGUUACAUUCCAUAUUAAAAAAAAACCCAUUAAAAUUACUCAUACUAAGUUUGUUAUGUGAAUUUUGUUUGUAGCAUUCACUAUAUUAUUUUUAUAUUGAAGUAUAUGUCAUAAUUAAUACUUUGAGUUAUUUGUCAUCUAAUUUAUACAAUUCAAUCACAUUAAUGUCAGCACACAAUAAAUUAUAAAAGUGUCACUAAUUUGUUGUACCAUUUAGAAUUCUUACCUGUAUCUGGUAUAGGCGUUUGGUUCAUUGUUUUUGUCUUAUUUAAUACAAAUUUGAAUGUCAUGUCUUUUUUAAAUUAUUAAAUAUUAUUAUUAUUAUAAA